AUGCUGUGGGGAGCGGACGACAGAAUAUGGCUGAUCCUGGUCCUGCUCCUGCUGGCUUUUGUGCGAGGCUGCCUGGCUGACUGCCCCAGCUCCUGUACUUGUGGUCUGGGGAAUGGGACAGUGGUGUGCCAUGGCGCCCAGCUCACCACUCCUCCAAGACUGCUUCCUGAUGGGAUAAGGAGGCUGGACUUGAGCAGCAACUUGAUUGAGUGGCUGGGCCGGGAAACCUUUGGCAAUCUGACCGAGCUACAGGAGCUGGACCUCAACAACAACCUGGUGUCCAACAUUGAGGACGAAGCCUUCAAUGGCCUGCCCAGUCUCCUCACCCUCCGGCUGAGCGGCAACCGUCUAAGCACCAUUCAGUCCAGCGUGAUGAGGGCCUUGCCCAACCUCCGCAGACUGGAGCUGGGUGAUAGGCUGGUCCACGUGGAGGCUGGGGCCUUCACUGGCCUGGCACGACUACGGCAUCUAUCCCUGGGCAUGGCGUCUGCUGCCUGCCAGGUGCCCAUUGUUUCCCUCUCAUCACUGCAUGGUCUCCGGUCACUGCACCUCUCCGGCUUGGGAGCCAGAACACUGGAGGCCGGCUCCUUCCACGGCUUGCGGCGCCUCCGUCACCUGUGCAUCGAGCGCUGGCCUCAGCUGGCGGAGCUGAAUCCAGGCGUGCUGGACAGCCUCAACCUCACUAGCCUUUCGAUCACCCACUGCAACCUGAGCUCAGUACCCAGCCACUCCUUCACCCACCUGGUCCACCUGCGGCGUCUUGACCUCUCGCACAACCCCAUCACUGCGGUGCAAGGGAAUGCACUGGAGGGGCUGGCUGGCUUGCGUGAGCUGCGAUUGGCUGGUGGCGGCCACCUGGCUGAGAUCCGGGCUGGAGCCUUCCGGGGCCUGCCCAGCCUCCGAGCCCUCGAUGUGUCGGGCAACAGAUUGGUAACACUAGAGGAAGCAGCCUUUGAGUCAGUGGGCAGCCUGGAGUCCCUGGGGCUGGGCUCCAACCCACUGGCCUGUGACUGCCGGCUCAGCUGGCUGCUACAGGCUAGGGCACCUGGGCUGGACUGGGGGCGGCGGCUGCCCACCUGCACCGACCCGGAGGGGGCACGCAGCCUUCAGCUGGUGGAGCUGGGCCCUGCCGAGCUUACCUGCCACCAGCCCCGUAUCAACAUCCGCCCCCAGGCCCAGGUGUCAGUAGCUGAGGGGCAGACGGUGAGACUGGCAUGUGGGGCUGUGGGCCGGCCAGCUCCGGUGGUGAACUGGGUCGCGCCUGACCUCCGGUUGCUGAGUGGUGGCAAGGGCGGUCGGCUCCGGAUGCUGGCUGACGGCUCGCUGGAGAUCCACCUGGCCCAGGCCGGGGACUCUGGUCUUUAUCUGUGCACUGCGUUUAACCUAGCAGGCAAUGACUCUGCCUCCGCUCACCUGCUUGUGAGCGGCUGGGGUACACCCACCACCCCUGCCUCCGCCUUUCCUUCCCUGCUGGACCCUCCGACCUUGACGGUUGUCCUGACCCUGGGCUUGGCCUGCUUCCUUGGCGUCACCGUGUUCUGCUUUGCACUUCUGCUGCUCUGGGGCCGGCUGAAGGGCCCCAUCAAACGCACCAGCAGCGUGGAGGUGCUCAGGCACUCAAGUGGCACCAGUGCACAGUCUGAAGCCGUCAAGUACACCACCAAAAUGUUGUGA